GAAGAAACCAACGAAUGGGAACGCAAAGUUAGUGAGGUAGCAUCAUUAUAUAAACCGUAUUAUUUAUUUCCUUGCAAUUUGGCUCUUUAUUUUUAUUUUUUGCGUCAUCGAGUUUUUCGUUUAUGGUUUUCUCUGUGGUCGCGUGGACUCGCUUUGGUGUCAUUUCAGACUUCACAAGCUAACUUAGCUUAGCUUGCUUGCUCCUAACAAAGAGAGGCUGACGUUAGCAACACGCCGCCCGAAAGCAAGAGAAAGUGUUGCGAUUGUCGUUGGGAAAUGUGUGCAAAAGGUGUAAAAGAUGAGUUCGAGGAAGCUCUUUGGCGAAAAAAAGACAACGAGCAAGAACGUCAACAGCUGCACGCCGUCUUCCAGAAGCCCCAAGACGGAUUACAAAAAGAAGAUCUUCAUCCUGAGCAGCAUGAGUGCCACUCCCGCGUGGAGCUGCAGGUGCCGCAGCCCCCCCAUAUUAAAGAGGAGGAGGAGGAAGAGGAUAUCACCUCUGCGCCAUUUAUCCGUGUCAUUGUGAAAAGUGAAGAUGAGGAUGAAGAAGGUGAUGGAGACCACUGCAGAGGAUCCCAAGCAGAUAGUGACAACACGACAUUUCCCGGCACUGAUGAUGACGACGAGCAAACUAAAGGCAAUACGACUUGCCGUACUGACGUCAAAGGCUGGAAAUGUUCUCAGUGUGGAAAAAGUUUUGGCAACAACUCGGCUUUGAAAAUGCACACGAGAACGCACACAGCAGAGAAACCCUUUUCUUGCACAGUUUGCGGUAAGGAAUUCUCUCAAAAAGGAAAUUUGAUAAGACACACAAGAACGCACACCCGACCCACCGCACUGAAGAAGCAAUGCUCAGUUUGCGGGAUGAGAUUCCGUCAAAAUUCACAUUUGAAAAAGCACAUGAGAACACACACGGGCGAAAAUUCGUUUUCCUGCUCGGUGUGCGGGAAAGAGUUUUCUCGUAAGUCGGUUUUGACAACACACACAAGAACGCACACCGGUGAGAAACCGUACUGCUGUUCAGCUUGCAACAAAAGUUUUAGUAGUCGUUCAUCAUUCAUCCGACACAAAAAAACACACACUGGUGAGAAACCUUUUGUCUGCUCGCUUUGCGGUAAACAAUUCUCCCAAAAGGGAAAUUUGGUCAGACACGGCAGAAACCACAGUGAACAAAGCACUUUAAAGCCGCACUGCUCAGCGGCUGGCGUGACAGCCGGUCAAAACGUGCGUUCGGAAACGCCACUGAGAAAACACAGGGGCAGAAAAACAGUUGCUUGUAAGGUGUGUGGUAAGAAAUUCUCUCACAAGUCCAUUUUGACAAUACACGCAAGAAGCCACUCGGCACAAAAAACAUUUUCUUGUUCGGUCUGCAACAAAGGUUUCAGCGGCCGGUCGUCAUUUGUUCGACACAAAAGAACACACACUGGCGAGAAACCGUUUCCCUGCUCGGUGUGCGGCAAAAGAUUUGGUGAAAAGGCACAUUUUGUCGUACACACGAGAAUACACACGGGUGAGAAACCGUUUUCUUGCCCAGUCUGUAAUAAACGUUUUAGUGCUUUUUCCACCUUUUCCCGACACAAGAGAACGCACACUGGGGACAAGCCUUUUACCUGCACGCUUUGCGGUAAAAGGUUUGCCUUGAAGACUUAUUUCAUGGUACACGCAAGAACACACACGGGGGAAAAACCUUUUUUAUGUUCAGUCUGUAACAAACGCUUCAGUGGCCGCUCGUCGUUUGUACGACACCAAAAAACACACACUGGAGAGAAACCGUUUACCUGCUCAGUGUGCGGUAAAAGCUUUGCCGGAAAGAAAUAUUUUACAAUACACACUCGAGCACAUGCUGGUGAAAAACCUUUCACCUGUUCGGUGUGCAACAAAAGUUUUAGUGUGCAGUCCUCGUUCGUUCGCCACCAAAGAACACACACGGAUGACAGGCCGUAUUCGUGCUUGCUGUGCGGUAUGAGAUUAACUUGUCGCUCACAUUUAGACAGACAUAUGACGACACACACCGGUGAGAAAAUGUUCAGUUGCGGUGUGUGUGAUAGAAAAUUCUCUCGCAAGGACAAUCUGAAAACACACAAGUGCGCUGGCAAGAUGUAAAGCUGCAAAUUUGGAAUCCCCCUGUGAAACCACAUGAGGUCAUUUGGAGAGUUGAUCCGACAGCAGAGAUGAAUAAAUCGUGCUGACGGAAUCUUUUACUAGUUUUGAGACUGGACCAUUGUUUCUGGCAGCGCUUUUUGUGCAUUGAAAACUGUCUGUUGUGAAAUGUCUGCAUUGUUAAAAUAAGUCAAAAACA